GGAGAACCAAAAAAAACGCCCCGGAAGAAAACGCCCCUGUAUCCCAUCCCCACCUCCCGAUAAUCAACCACGAUCCCGUCUCGUGUUCCUGGUCAAUCGUGCCGGCAACCGGCGCCGCCCCCGACCUCUUCCCUCCGGCGACUAGCGCCGCCCCUACUCCUCCUCUCCGGCGACCAGCGCCUCACCCGAACCCUCCCCCGGCGACGAGCGUGCGCCCCACCCACCCUCCUCCAGCGACUGCGCGGCCAGGCAUAUCCGAUUCCCCCACCGCCGGCCUCCCCCGAUUCCCCCCGCCGCCGACCUCCCUUGAUUUCCCCCGGCGGCGGCGCAUCCUCUCUGUCGUGACAGCACUGCGCCGAGGGCCUCCUCGAGUAGCCUCGCCGCCGUCCACGAGAUGCCCCUCCAGUCCUCCACGCAGACCCUUACCACCUGCGCUUGUCGCCCCUGCGCCUGCGACUGGCGCCGAUGUCGCGAGCCCCCUGCGACUCUCGCCGACGUUCCCCUUCUCCUGCUGCUCUGGAUUCCGCUAACACGGCCGCCUUCAGCCAGAAGCCUUCUCUCCAGCAGAUGGAGAUCCUCAACACGCGUCCGGCGAGGUCGGGCGGGAGCCGAAGGUGUAGGCGAAAUCCAUGGCAUCUGUUGAAAAAGAUUAGCAAGAAGAAGUCCAGCGAGGCCUGUGAGAAGCUGCAGCAGUCCAGCGACGUCCGUGACGGUAACGAGGUAUCGACAUUUUGGGGCCACGCCGAAGCUGAGUCGUGUCAGUUCUUUGGGAGGAGAUGUUUUAUGGGCUGUCAAUGUUGUUGCAGCUAGCAUUUUGCUGUUUCGUUUCAGCUGCUGCUAUAUUACUUACUACUCUCUGCACUUCAUUUUUUGGUGAAUGCUACUGGAAUAGCAUCUUGUGCUAAUUAACAGACAAUUAAUUAACACAAUGGAUGAUGUCUACAUUGUACCAGUUUGGAAUUGAAAGUUAUGAAGGCUACUCGUUUUA